AUGAAUCAUUCUACGGGUCGGGCAGAAAGGCCUCCCCGAUUUGGAAACCGUCUAGCUACGCCAAUAGGGGGUACAGCGCAGAAGAGUAUAUAUCUCGUCUAUUCCACUUUUUUAGUGUCAGCCAUGGCUUGGUUUAUUCGAAAUGGAGGUUCGCCAAUAAUGGCAUUCACUUCCAGCUCGGGCGACAUGGUCUGGUUCCCGAUAGUAGACAAGUGUUAA